AAUAAACCCAACCAAAGAUGAAGUCGGUGAUCCUUCUCUCUGUUGCGAUGGUGCUAUUUAACUCUGGAACUCUGCCUGCCAACGCUGCAGCGUACCGGCAGCAUAAAAAUCACCAUUCCAAUUUAGAGGCAAUUAUUAGCAUGGCGGAACAAUACACACACAAUCUGACAGAGGAUCUUCUGAGAACAUUACUCAUAGAUGUUACACAUUUGACUGGGACCACCACAAAAUGCAAGGAGUUCUUCUGCGAAGCUGAGAAAAUCUUGGCCUCCGUGAAAAAUGCCACGUUUGGAAAUAUUGUCCGACAUCUGAGGGUUUACAACAAACAUCAAUACUGCAUCGUUGUGAAGAGCCAAGACAACCAGGCGGAGGGCAACCAGGUGGAGCUGAGGAGACUUCUCCUCGACUUAAAAGAAUGUGGCCAAAAAAUCAACUCCAAACCAUGAUCUACACCA